CUCGCCCCCACCAGCUGCCCUUGAGCUGCGCGGUAUAAAACAUAUCUUCGCCCAGGGGAGGGGAACAGUCCGCUGAGGAGUUAGACGUUCAAGAACAACUGUCAUAGCUCAUGGAACAGCACGCCGUAACGAUGGCUUCAACCUUCAAGAUAAUGGGAGCUUUGCUGGCUUUGAUCGCAUUGGCCCGAGCAGGCGCUAUCGAACCACACUACUACGAGGGCCACCAGCUCCUCGAGCCGCAGUACUACCAUUCGGUGGGGCCCGCGGUCCUGCCUGAGGGGCACGCCCUCCACCAUUCUUCCGCUCCAGUCUACUCUGCCGCACCUGCCAUCCAGGUCGCGCCCAUCCACGUUCCAGCCGCCCUUCCAGCCGUACUCCCAGGAUACGAAGGUGUCGAGUACGCUAACUACGCUCCUCAGCACGACCACGAACAUUACGCUUACCCCAGGUAUGCCUUCAACUACGGAGUGCACGACCCCCACACCGGUGACAUCAAGCAGCAGUACGAAGAGCGCGAUGGAGACGUAGUGAAGGGCGGUUACUCCUUGGUCGAGCCGGACGGUUCCAUCAGAGUGGUGGAGUACACUGCUGAUGACCACAACGGGUUCAACGCCGUCGUCAAGAAGAUCGGACCAUCCCAUCACCCAGCUCCCGCUGUCCACCACGCUCCAGCCCCAGCGGUCCACCACGCCCCAGCCGCCUACGUCCCGGCCUACAUCGACCACAACUACCAUUACAGGAAAUAAAGAAUAGGAGACUAAGAUCUCAGCCAUCAUAAUCGAGAAACACUGCCGCUUGCCCGGGAAUUAAAUCAAAUAUUUCAAUCUUCUGACUAUAAGUUAAUAGACACAGUUUGUGUACCUCAAGCAGCGGCAGUUCGUCUCAUGACUAACAUAACAUGAUACAGUGAAGUCAUUUUUAAUUAGAUGUGAUCUAGAAAAAAAUAAGUAUCUUUACUUUUCUGAUAAUGUGGUUUACAAAUUUCAUUCCAGGAAAGUGUUAUUUUGAUUGACAGACAUUUUGAUUGUCUUUCAGUUUAGUAAUAGCUCUCCUUUUAUAAAUGAUGAUUGUACUUAUAUAUUUAUUGUAAUAAAAUUUUUGAAACUAAU